UCAAAAUAGAAUAACAAUAUUAUUAUUUAGCAAGUGAGAGAGGGAAUAAAACAAGUGAAGCAGAAACAGGUGGCCAGCCAUCGAACGUGAUGAGGGGUCAUCUUCCUCAGCCGCCCAAAUCGGGCCUCGGCCCACCAGAAGACGAUCCCGACCUAAACCGGCCCAUUUCCGGUGCUUUGGGCUUGGCGGUGGGCGGUGGUCUCCGUAAGAAAGGAACCGGAGUUCGGCCAUGGCUCCUGGUGGACUCAACGGGGCAAGCCCAGGUGGUGGAGGCCGGAAAGCACGCCAUCAUGCGCCGGACGGGCCUUCCUGCCCGUGAUCUUCGGAUUCUUGAUCCGUUGCUUUCAUACCCUUCGACUGUACUGGGACGAGAGAGAGCUAUAGUGAUAAACUUGGAGCACAUCAAGGCUAUAAUCACAGCGCAGGAAGUUCUUUUGCUCAACUCUAGGGACCCAUCUGUAACGCCUUUUGUUGAAGAGCUUCAACGACGACUCACGCGUCACUACCAAGCUACCAAAGCCCAGGAAGGAAAUGGUGAUGAUUCAAACUGGACAAAUCUGUAUGAUAUGGAAGACCCACAAUCAAGAGAUCAUAGUCCUCAAAAUUCUGGUGGAGGGUUUCCUAAGUUUCAGGAUCAGGAUGGUGAAGGUGAAGGAGAAAGGAAAGAUGGUCUUCAAAAUCAAGAUGGACUGAAGAUUUUACCUUUCGAGUUUGUGGCACUGGAGGCAUGCCUUGAGGCAGCCUGUAGUUGCUUAGAGAGUGAAGCAAGGACACUGGAGCUAGAGGCUCAUCCUGCCUUAGAUAAGCUAACUUCGAAGAUUAGUACUCUCAACUUGGAACGAGUCCGUCAAAUUAAGAGUCGUUUAGUUGCAAUAACAGGACGUGUUCAGAAGGUGAGAGAUGAGCUGGAGCACUUGCUAGACGAUGAUGAAGAUAUGGCUGAGAUGUAUCUAACUGAAAAGUUAAUUGAGCAACAGCUUGAGAAUUCCUCUACUGCUUCAAUAAAUGAGAGAGAUGAUGAUCUUCGUCGAUCAGACAUGGAUGACAGGAUUCCAAAUGAAAUUGCAUUGGAAGCUGGGGCGAGUUUCAGAACUUAUGAAGGCGACCUUGAAAACACUGAUAAUGCCCAGGAUCAAUUGUUUGGAGCACAUAGGGACAGCCACGGAACUCAUACUAGUACUACUCGAAGUGCUAUAAGCAAGAACCUUGAUGUAGAGGAGCUGGAAAUGCUUUUAGAAGCAUACUUUGUUCAAAUUGAUGGUACAUUAAACAAACUAUCCACGCUGAGAGAAUACGUAGAUGACACAGAGGAUUAUAUCAACAUUAUGCUGGAUGACAAACAGAACCACCUUCUACAAAUGGGAGUGAUGUUAACAACUGCAACCCUGGUGGUGAGUGCCUUUGUUGUUGUGGCUGGGGUCUUUGGUAUGAAUAUCACUAUCGAGCUGUUUGACGAUAAAAAAGCAGGUAUGCCGGAGUUCUUGUGGACCAUUGGUGGCGGUACUACUGGAUGUAUAUUCUUAUAUGUUCUUGCUAUUGCUUGGUGUAAGCAUAAACGAUUGCUGGAGUGAGUGAAGGGCAAGCAAUAGAAGUUGGUCAUAUAAUGGUUCUACAGGUUUUGUAGAGACCAAAUAUACGCUUGACAUUAUAUGUUCCUGAGUUUUGUGGCCAGGGUGGAGGGGAAAAAUAAAAUUUCAAGGGGGGCCAAAAUGUAAAAAAAAGUUGAGAGGGCCAAACAUAUAUAACUUCUAUAAAAGUAAGGACUACAUUAUAAAUAAUAUUAUGUGGUUUUUCUUUUUCCUAAA